AUGUCCGUCUCAGUCUUCUCCAGCCUGGGCUUUAUCCACUCUCUGAGUGUCCUACUUGUGAUGUUGACUGGUUUGAGCUUGAGCAGUUCCAUCAGGUCUCCUGAGAACCAUCACAGGACAUCAGUCGGUAGGGACGGACGUGAUAAUCCACUACUUGAUGCACAAGACUUUCUGAGCCAGUUUCUGUCUACACUAAACCUCACAGAGCAGAGGCCCCAGCCCCGGCCCCUUGACGCCCGUAAGGAGCCACCAGAGUACAUGCUGGAGCUGUACAACCGAUUUGCUAAUGACCGCACUGCUGUGCCCUCAGCCAACAUUGUGCGCAGUUUCAAGAAUGAAGAUUCCUCCCCCUACAGUAUAACGGCCAGGGGUAUAAGGAUACAUCCCCUGCUGUUCAACAUCUCCAUGCCUCACUAUGAGCACAUAACAAUUGCUGAGCUUCGCCUGAUCACCCUGGUCCGGAGGGCCCAAAGACCGUAUGCUGGCCUUGAUUGCAAGGUGACCAUCUACAAAAUACACGAGGGUGUUGUUUGGACAAAAGAGGUGGGGAAAGAAGAGAGAAGGAGGGAUAAAGAGGAGGUGGUGGAGACGGCAGAUUUGGAGGAACUGGUGACAAAGCAUAUUCAUGCCAAAGAUAACAGCUGGGUGUCAUUUGACCUGACUCAUGUGGUUACACUCUGGGGGAAGUCAGGGUGCACAACUCACCGACUGGAGGUUCAUAUUAUGAAUCUGGGGUCAGAAGAAGCAGGCGCCGCACGAGAGAGCACAGAAGAGGGUGAAAGUCUGAUUGAGAUUGAUAUCGACAGAGGCUUGGAGGGGAAACACAAUGCAGUGAUGAUCAUAUUCUCAGAUGAUAAGAGCAGAGACCACAAACAUGAUAAGCAAGAGCUCAACCAGAUGAUCGAACAUGAGAAUGACCUUCCAGAAAACAUGGACUGGAGCCAACAAGCUUUCUGGGGGCAUCACAACGCCGGCCAUGCUAACCAGGACGAGCUAGACACACAGUCUCUCCUACAGCUGCAGUCCAACCUUAUCUAUGACACACCUCCUCGAAUCCGUCGCAAUGUUAAGAGUGAGCCAUGCAAAAGAACCCCGCUGUUUGUGGAUUUUAAAGACAUCGGCUGGGAUUCAUGGGUCAUCCAGCCACUGGGCUAUGAAGCAUAUGAGUGCAACGGUGUUUGCAAGAUACCUAUGACCUCUGAGGUCUCGCCCACCAGACAUGCCAUAGUGCAGACACUGUUGAGCACUAAGAGUCCAGAGAGAACAUCGCGUGCCUGCUGUGUACCCACUAAGCUGGAGCCCAUCUCACUCCUUUAUCAUGAUAACGGGGUGAUCACUUUCAACCACAAGUAUGAAGGCAUGGUGGUGGCAGAGUGUGGCUGUAGAUAG